AUGGCCUCUGAUACGGAAAUGACUGAAGCCUCUCCCGUGGAUACCUUGCCGCAACCCAACGACGGUGGCCGUAUGCAUAUGUCAUCUUUGUCCUCAUCUUCAUCCAUAUCUGACGCCGAGACUGACCGCCGCGGUCGAUCUGAACGCCCCCGAAUGGCGAGCCGUAAACCGAGUGCAUCUAUACUCGUACCCCGUGACCACCCUGAAAUUGAAAUAGAAGAGGAAGAAUUUCCUCCUGACGACGCCCGUGCCAUGAGUCCCCGACGGAAUUCCGCUGAUCUGGAGCGAUUGGGCAAAGAGGCUCGACAGACUCUCCAAGAACAAGCCAAGGCACUCCAAUCCUCACUACAAGCCCUCGCCGAGCGAAUCGACGCGGUCAAGUCGGAUCAUGACAAGCUGGAAAAGGACAAUAAGAUCCUCCAAGAUUACAUUGGUGGCCUCACUCGAAAUAUGACAAAGGGCGAAAUGACCCGGAGUACAAAAGCACGCAAAGCUCAGAAAUAG